CGUUUCACCGCUCAAACCUCCGUCACUCCGCCGAAGCCAAGAGGUUAAAGUGGGAACGGCGGAAGGGGUGAGGAAGGGGGGGAGGGAAAGGAAAGGUCCUGCCUUCCUUCAGACGGAGUUAAACUACUUUUAGGCCACUUUUGUUUUUCACCAACUUUUAUUUUAAUGUCGCUGUAAAAACGUCCGCAGCUCCGAGCCGCGGUCAAACCGUCACUGCGAAGCCCGCGGAGCCGAGGGGAGCCGCGGCGUGACGGACGGCGACAUGUCGGAGAGAUCCGGGCCGUCUGGAUGUGACUGGUAGAGAGAAGGAUGGAGGGAGAGAAAGAGACGGCUGAGGAGAAGGAGGAGGAGGAGGAGGAGGAGAGAGAGCUUCAUCAUCACAAUGCAGCGGCGUCCUCUGUGGACUACCAGGACCUUCCCAUCAUGCACUGGGAGGACCUGAGCCAGCGGAUAGCUGAGUUGGAGAAACAGGAGCAGGAGAGGAGAGAAAGGGCAAAGAGGGAGGUGGGGGUGAGGACGGAGGAGAGUCAGGGGGGAGUGUGGAGAGACGUGUGGGAGGAAGAGGAGGAAGACUUCAGGAGGUGUCGAGCCGCUGCCGGCACGUCACGAUUUCACAACCACAGAAACCUGCAGCUGUGCUUCAUCAACAACAGCGACAGCGAGGAAGAGGAGGAAGGAGCCAACAGAAAGGUUUCCAUGGGAACGGGGCGCAACGGUUGCCACGCCUCUGGGCUGAAACAGGAAGUGGCCACCGCUCUGAGGACGCUGAGAGACAAACUGCUGGCUGAGCAGAAGGAGAAGGAGCGUCUGGUCGGCAGCAGCGGUGUUGCCAAGCGGAAACAUCUGGAGCGUUGGGAGCUGCAGGAUCGUUCGGUGCAGCAGCUCAGCAGCUUGAGAGCAUCACUUCAACAGGACGUACAUGCUCUGAGCUCCGAGCUGGUCGCCCACCUGCUGGUACGAGACCAGCUGAGGACGAAGCAGGACGCCAUGCUGCUGGACGUCCAGGACCUGACCUAGCACCGGGACCACGGGCCGGACGGUCUGCACAAACUCAGCCAAGCUGUUGAGUUUUCUCCACGUCGACGAGGACCUUUCUCUGGGACCAGGUGGCGCUGCUCGUCCACAUCAUCCCAGGAGUCGUUUACUUCAACAAAACGUUAGCUGACAUGCUAAUUUAUCAAAACUGGCAAAUCACCAGCAUCUGGAGCAACAUGAGGGAGAUACGAGAGGACGGUCAACAUGGAGGGAAAUUUAAUAACCCAAAAAGUGGUGCAGCAUCGCUCUGACAUGGGAUCACAGACUUGAAACAGACAGCAGUUAUGUGAUUGACGGGAUGAAUCUGCAACACACCAUCAAAGGAAAGUUCGGAUGAGAGUUGGAACAUGACGACAGGUUGACAAGAAGAUGAGGAGAAGAACCAACCACCAACAGACACAACGUCACUGGUUCAAAUCAACAAAGAUUUCAGUUUGACAUCUCCGACCUGCCGAGACAAACACAACGCAGCUUCAGCACAGAUCCUGUCAUCAUGUUUCCUAAACUGCACUCAGCAUUUAAUCCAGUGUUGCAGUGUAAGUGCUUCGGUCUAUGAAGCUACUCAGGAUCUGCGUUUUCAGGUUUUCUGCAGUUGUAUCUGGAAUAGAAGGAGGAGGCUGAGAGAGGAAAUAGACGCCAGGAUACGGAAGAGAGUAAUUCUGGGUGACCAGUUCUUACAGAGAAGAAAACUAGAUAUAGUUUCCAUCAUCCGUUGGUUAUUAGCAGACGACACUAUGAUUACGAAUAACAUCAAAGGAUCUGGAUAUGUCUGGAUUUACAGAUGCUUCAGAAUCGAUUACAAUAUUUGUUUCUUCAAAAUUCUGUUUCAUUAUCACAGAGGACGAACGCUGCAAGUUUCUCACUUCCACACUGACACAUUUAGUUAAUCCUGGGCGGAGUAAAGAUCACACACAUCUCAGACAGACAGAUGCAUUUACACAAACUGGUUUGGAUUUCAAUCUCUCGUUUGCAUUGGUUGCAUCUGCACUUGGAUCUUUUGAUAUCCGAUAGCUUCCCAUGAUGCACCAGGUGACAGAGCGUAAACCGGGAGUGUGUCAGGGACCCAAACAAACCGACACAUGAAACAACAAUCAUCAAACAACAAUCUAGCUGUAAAAGAUGAAGGUGUGGUGAAGCGAUAAAUCUUAAAGGCCCCGAAAACCUGUUCUCUCAAUCAGCUUUCUACUAUCGACAAUGGGAUCGUUGAACACAUGAAAACAAUAUUUUCUGAGCAAGUUUGAGCAGUUUUGGUCAUUUUACUUAAGAAAUUGAUAAUUGAUGUCAGUGUCUCUGACCUGUCUGAAGUGUUUCCUUCCAUCAGUCAAACUUUAAGCAAAACUCAAUCAAUCAAAUGUGAUAAAACCACACUCACACAGUUCUGAGGAAGCAGAUUAGCUCAGGUUGUUCAUGCAUUAAGAUUAAUAAGUAAUAAGUAUUGAUGUUUUUUGACGAACUUUAACUUUAAAUGUUGCUUAUUUAGUCAUAAAUAUUUAAUGUAAAGGAAGAAAAACGUGGUUUUCAAGGCCUUUAAGAUGCACUCAAGAAACAAAUGCUCGUGUUGUUGAAGAAAAAAGGAUGAAAUCUUUAAUCAUGUACAAAAAAAAGUGGAAUUUAUGAUAAAAAUCUUUCUUCUUUACGUGGUCAAACAAUCUAGUUUUAACAGCUGUUUUUCUAUAAACUUUAGAGCCGGACACAGAAAUGUUACGGGGGCGUCUGUGCAUUUGGAUUGUGUGAUAUUUCUCAGGUAGAAACUCCAGUAGUGAGUCUGAGAACUUUUAGAUUUGAGGGGAACCACAACUGAAUGAAAAGUUUUUGGGAUCAAAUUUUAUACUGAGCUCAGUUUUAGAAAUCAUUUUUAAUUUAAGCGUUUCCACUAAAUAGAAAAGUCCAGAUUGUUUUACUUUCUUACCUUCAUUCUCUAAAACUGUUUUUUGACAAAAGUGAAACAAAAGUGAAACGCUAUCUGAACAAAAGGGCAGGAUUUCUAACUUAUGUUAUUUAAGUUUUAUUGUGUUUUUUACUUUAUUACUUUUGCCUGUUAUUAUAAGAAGGGAACAGACACUCGUACAGCAUUUGUAGCAAGACAACUGAUACCUUUUUGUUUUGUUGUUAUUUUUCCUAAAAACACAGAACAAAUAAACAAAAGGGGAAUUUCACCAAAUUUAGUUUAGAUAUAUGUUGUCAUGACUGAGCUAAUGUACCUCUCUCAGACGGUCCUGUGUAGCUGCGAUAAGAAGGAAAAUAGCUCAUAUUGGAUAUUAGGUACAAGAACAAGGCCGUCCAUUUGUUCUAUAAGUUUAGAAGCAAUUACAUUCGUUGAGCUGCCUGUUUAAAUUACUUUACAAGUUAUAAUAGAGAUGUUAAACAAAUGCAUUUAACAUUGAAAGAGUUUAGAAAUUUUGGUGGCAUUCCUCUUUAACUGAUGCUAAACACUUCAGGUACAGGCAGGAAUUAUGCUAUUGUUUACUUGUAAGAAAUGCAAGGGAAUAAUCCACUUCAUGUAGCCAAGUGUAUGUGAGGACGUACAUCAAAUAUUGCUGCCGUGUUUUGAGUUUUCUUCUUGUAACCUGAUGAUGUCACCACAUGGUUUUCCACCUUGAGACCACGCUGCUUUUUUAAGCUCCUGAACAUUUUUGAGGAUGUGUUUAUAUAUAACUGCAGCAAUUAACCUUUGGUUUAUACACAAGCCAAGGACAUUUACAUUAUUUAAAAUGUGGCUUUUAUAAACCACCACUAGCAAUGUCCUCUAGUGCCUGACAAAGAAGUUAUAUUUUGAUACUGAUUAUUUCCACAUUUUCUCACAUUGAUCUGUGAUAAGAAGCUGAAUGUCAUAUUAAUGGAGGGCAAUGUACUGUAAAGGGACAAUGUCUUUGUUAACUUUUUUAUUCACAUAUAUAUAUUUAAAGUCACACUGAAACGUUAUUAUGAGUUGAAGUAAUGAAGCAGCUUAAUGUGAUGUUUCCUCUGGUGGUGUGUAACACAGUGAAGGAUCAUUCAGACAAUAAUAAGAGGAAUAUUUGUCCUGAACAAAGAGAACAGAUUGUUUUUCGUUUCACUGUGACUUUAGAAAUGUAUUUUAAAAUGUAAAUAAAAUUAAUUACAAAUGUAUUUGUGAAUGUAAACAUUAAUUUUGAAAUAUAUUUUGAGAGGCAAAAGG